AUGGACAAGAUAUUUCCUUUAGCCGAGGUCAUCAACCUCAACGCCCUCCUCAAUCUCGACGACAUCGAGCAAGCCGCCACUCAAGUAGCCAGCGAAAAGGCCUGGAGCUACUACUACUCCGCCACAGACGACAGUCUACCGCUCGAUUCUCCUGUGGCCGUGCGUCUUCAUCGACGCCGCAGACUGUCACACCAGAACCAGCUUCCUCGGCCACAAAGUCAACCUCCCCGAUUUACAUUUCGCCAGCUGCCCAAGCCCGGCUCGGGCAUCCGGCAGGCGAGGCCGGCAUUGCAGCGGCGUGUUCGGGCUUUCGGCGUUGUGCAGCUCAUUUCCAAUACCGCUUCGCAGUCGCCGGAGGAGAUUGUUGCUAAUGCUGGGCCGGAUCAGGUCCUCGGAUGGCAGAUGUCUGUACAAGGGGGACCGGAGUGUGAGCGAGGAUAUAUAUCGGCGUAUCAAUAA